AUGUCCGGGAUUUUGGGGGGAAGUGGAGCCAGAGGACACUUGGACCAGAGUAACCGGAGGUGUUUGCGGGGUUCCCAAGGAGCGGCACCCCCGGGUGGGCUCCGGGAGCGGCGGGACGGACUUCGGGAUCCCGGCAACCUCGGCCGCGCUCCGGAGCUGCCGGGGAGCGGCGGGGCCGGGAGCGGUGUCCGAGGGCUCCGCAGGCUCCGCCGCGCCGGGAGCAGCGCCCAGCGUGCUGCCUUCGGGCACCCCAAAUCCCCGGGCCGUGCCCGGCCGGUGCCCUCCGUUCCCCUGGGGUUGUCACAGACGGCGGCUGCCGCAGCCCCCGGAGAAUCAGCCCUGUCUCUCCCCUUCUCACGGAGCUCUCCUCGGGAGGUGCCCGGGCAGGAGGGGCAGGACGGCAUCGGGCAGGGCAGGGAGCGGCAGGUGCGAGUCUGCACAGGCAGGGGCCAGAGAAAGGACUCUGCUGCCCGCCAGCGCCGCUCAGGGAGCCAGGGCAGACGGUGCCUCUCCCCAUGGCAGCCAGGCCCCCACGUAAGGCCAGCCAAACUGGACACCCCGGUCCCACGAGAGACCCUCCCCAGCCAGAGCCCACCCGCCUACACGGGCACACGCCGCGAUGCCGCGACCAUCACCGAGCUGUGCAGCGAGGAUGUCCCCGAGGUGGAGAUCAUCAGCCUGCUGGGCGAGCAGCUGCCCCGCUACACGCUGCGGGCUGACACCGUGUUCGGCUACGACCACGGCGACUGGCUGCGAGCCCCCAGCGGCCCCUCGCAGCCCGUAGCCCCCCUCACCCCCCAGCAGAUAGAGGAGACCCUGCAGUAUUUCCUCCUGUGUGCUGAGCGGGUGGUCAGGAUCACGAAGACCUACCACGAUAUUGACGCUGUCACCAACCUGCUGGAUGAGAAAGAGAGGGACCUGGAGUUAGCAGCACGCAUUGGGCAGUCCCUGUUGAAGCAGAACCGGAGCCUGACUGAGCACAAUGAGCUCCUGGAGGAGCAGCUGGAAUUGGCCAAAGAGGAGAUCGCGCAGCUGCGCCACGAGGUCUCCAUGCGGGAUGACCUUCUCCACUUCUACACCACCACAACGGAGGAGAGCGAGCCCACCACCACCACCUCCACACCGCUGCGCAGGCACGAGUCCUCGCUGUCCUUGCAGCAGUACUUCCAGUACGACACCUUGCAGCAGAAACUCAAGUGCUUGGAGGAGGAGAACCAGAAGCUCCGGAUGGAGGCCACCAACAUCGCCACUGAGACCUGUCAGUACGAGGACCAGGAGCAGCAGCUGAUGAUCGACUGCGUGGAGCAGUUUUCCGAAGCGAGCCAGCAGGUCGUUCAUCUGUCCGAGGAGCUGGCGCGCAGGGCGGAGGACGCGGCACGGCAGCAGGAGGAGAUCAGCCAGCUCCUGGCGCAGGUCGCGGAUCUGCAGCAGAAAUGUCGCACGUACGGCUCCGAGGUGGAGGAGCUCCAGCAGCACCUGACCGCGGCCAAGGAGGUGCAGCAGCAGCUCCGGAUGGAGCUGCGGGAUCUGCAGGAGAAGUACGCGGAGUGCGGCGGGAUGCUGCAGGAGGCUCAGGAGGAGGUGAAGAGCCUGCGGAGCCGCAGCCUGCCCAACAGCACCGUGAGCCGCUACAGCUCAGCCAGCCUCCUGCCCGUGGACUCGCUGGCGGCUGAGAUCAAGGGGAUGAUGAGGAAGAGGACAGACAGCCCCUCCUCAGACUACAAGAGCUACCAGCGCGUCUUCGAGACGGUGAAGGCCGUGAACCAGGCAGCCAAAGCCAAGUCUUGCUCUGAGUCUCCCCACCAUGUUCCAGGCUCCAAGCAGUUGUCUGCUGCCCAUUCUGGGGGGCCCAGCACCCCCCACACCAGCUGUGCCGGCUCGGAGGAUGCCCAGGCCGAGGGGGCCGGCGAGGAGUCCCGGGCAGCCCCGGGCCGGCAGGACCUGGAGGCGGCCGUGCAGAGGCUGUCGCUGCGGCAGCAGAGCCACGUCUCCGAGGAGCGCUCCUUCUUCGAGACCGAACGGGAACGCAAACUCUGGCGGCUGAGAGAUGGGGCGAGCUCCAGUGGCUUCCUCACCCCCGAAGGCAGCGUCGUCUCUACUGGGACCAACUAUUCCGGGGGCUCGGACCUCACCGCCGGCUCCAGCUUCUCCCUCGGCUCCCUCACCUACUUACCCGACAAACUGCAGAUCGUGAAGCCGCUGGAAGGCUCUGUGACACUCCACCACUGGCAGCAGCUGGCACAGCCCAACCUGGGUGGGAUCCUGGUACCCCGUCCCGGGGUGCUCACCAAAGACUUCAGGCAGCUGGACACAGACCUGGAGGAGGUGUACAGCCUCAAUGACCUGGAGGAGGAUGAUGUGGACACCAGCUCCUUCCAGCUGCUCCCUACCUCAACACCCGCCAAAGCCAAGGAGCGCCCCAGGGUGUUCCUCUCUGUUAACAACCUCCCCCAGACCCAGUCUACCUUCACCAUCACCACCUGCCACAUCCUCCACCCCACCACUGCGAUCACCACGGUGACACCCAGUCUGUAUCAUGCCGUCGUGCCUUCUUGUGGGCCCUUUGAGGGGCUGAGCCUCAGCAGCCCCUCACCAGAACAGACUCCCCCCACACUGGCGCUUGGUCCUGGACCCCCGAGCACCCCCAUGGGACUCUUCAGGCUCUUGCUGGGGCGAGAUUCCCGCUUGGCACCAGGGACUGGAUCACGGGGCCAGGACGGACCCCGACCCAGGAGCAGCAUCUUCAGCUGGAACCUGGUGGAGAAGUUGCAGCGCCUUGGGCUGGACAAGGUGGUGGCCAGAGGGGAGAUGUCCUGUGCCCGGCCAGGGCCCAGAGGGGCCUGGGGCACCCAGAAGUGA